AUGGCUAUACAAUACCAAAAUAGUGGAUCCUACGACGAAGCUAUAAAAAUAUUACAUCAAGAUGCCCACACUCCCGCGCUGUUUGAGCUCGCGCAACGCUACGAGGAUGGAAAUGGCGUGCGACAGUGUCACCGGCGCGCUGUAUUGGCAUAUAAACAAGCAGCUCACUUAGGUCAUCCAUAUGCCCAGUAUAGACUCUCUUUGUAUUAUUAUUACGGUACGGUGGUUGAAAAGGACUAUAACAAAGCGUUUGAACUAUGUCUGGCAGCGGUGGAAAAGGGAGUGACAGAUGCGCAAUGCUUGCUAG